AUGGCAAGUUCCAGUUCUUUUCAUACAAAAAUAUCUUCUCCAUACAACAUGGUUCAUGUGACGCAUGUAGGAUAUAACCCUCAAACUGGAGAAUUUACAGGAAUGCCAAGAGAAUGGCAAAUUCUAUUGCAACAGAGUGGUAUCACGAAAAAGGAACAACAGCAGAAUCCUCAGGCCGUACUGGAUGCACUAGAUUUCUUUAAAGAAUCCAACAAGGACUCUGUUUGGGAAAAAUUCGAUAAUGUUCAUCCACGUCACUAUAACAUACCUCCGCCGUUACCGCAGCGCGUACGGCCCACUGGUGAACCAAAACCCAUCGUGCCUUCUCGGCCACUCUCACAGCGUACACCCCCUCCUAUACCAGCUCGACCGGAAUUGAAAAAGCAACCACCACCUAAACCUCCAGCAUCAUCGAAACCGAAAAACCUCAUCACACCACAAAUACAACAACAAGAACAUCAGGAACAACCAAAUCAAGAGCAACAACAACAUGGCUCUGUUUAUAUUGCCUCUAUGCCAGCACCUUUAGACCCUGAUCUGGAUAACUUUGACCAAUAUAGAAAGCAGAGAAGAGAACAACGACAACAAAAGGAAGCAGUAAAGGAUGCUCAAGUGAUUGCUGAUCUUAGAGCGGUUUGUACCGAGGCCGAUCCUACGAAAUUGUACAGGAAUAUGAUAAAGAUUGGACAAGGUGCUACAGGUGGUGUAUAUAUAGCUCAAUCAGUCGAUACCAACAUGUCUGUUGCCAUCAAGCAGAUGAACUUAGCACAACAACUAAGAAAGGAGGUCAUUAUUAAUGAAAUACUCGUUAUGAGAGAGGCCCAACACAAGAACAUUGUCAACUAUAUCGACUCGUUUUUGAUCACUAAUGAAUUAUGGGUCGUCAUGGAGUAUAUGGAAGGAGGCUCGCUAACGGAUAUUGUGACAACGAGUAUGAUGACAGAGAGUCAGAUAGCAACUGUAUGUCGAGAGACAUUGGAGGGUAUACAUCAUCUGCAUCAAUUAGGUAUCAUUCAUCGUGAUAUCAAAUCUGAUAAUGUCCUCUUGGGUUUGAACGGCCAAGUAAAGCUCACUGACUUUGGUUUCUGUGCAAGACUUAAUGAUUCUGAAACGAGAACAACGAUGGUAGGCACACCAUAUUGGAUGGCGCCAGAAGUAGUGACCCGUAAAGAGUACGGACCAAAGAUUGAUAUCUGGUCAUUGGGCAUAAUGACGAUCGAGAUGAUUGAAGGGGAACCUCCUUAUUUACACGAGAAUCCAUUAAGAGCAUUAUAUCUGAUUGCCACGAACGGUACACCUUCGCUACAGCAUCCAGAUGAACUAUCAGAUGCGCUUAAAGACUUUUUGAAACAGUCCUUGACUGUCGACAGCAAGGGUAGACCUGAUGCAAAUGCCCUGCUGAGUCAUCCAUUUCUUCAGCGUGGGGAUCAUGUUCGAACCUUGAUUCCACUGAUAAAAGCAAGUAGAGAUUUAAAGAAAAAGAGCUCCUGA